GCCAGCUCCGCCGGGUGUCAGGCGGCGACUCGGGCGGCUGCGAGCGUUGCCGUGGAGGUCCGGGGACUGGCUGAGCGGAGUAUUCUACCAUCAAAAGGUCGUCUGUUCAAGGAAACAUGAAAUCAGAUAAUGAAGACAGAGAUGGUCUCGUACCUGGGACAUCAACCAUGUCACCAGAGGAAAAAGUGGCAGACACUGGGAAUAGCAGUGAUUAUUUCACUGGAGAUGUAUCUUCUUGCCCUGAGGACUGGGAAAAUGCUGAUCUGAAACUUGGCCAAGAAACCCCUAAGAAAAAACUCUGUGGCUAUUUAUAUAAAUGUUCCCCUAAAGCACCAAUCAAGGCCUGGAAGUCCCGCUGGUUUUGCUAUGAUGAAAAUAAAUGCCAUUUACUUUACUACAGGACAGCACAAGAUAUUAACUCUUUGGGAAGCAUAGAGAUUUCUCUGGCAAGUUUUGAUCUUAAAGUGGGAGCAGAGGAAGGUAUUUUUGAAAUCAGGACUCCCAUCAAAGACUUUGUUCUUAAGGCUGUCAACAAACAAGCCAUGAUAUAUUGGCUACAACAGCUGCAGCUGAAACGCUGGGAAUUUUGUAAUAACCAGGCAAAGGGUUUUGAUGAAGCCAUGUCACCCUUUCCUUCCAUAAGUGAGGCCCAGUGGAGCAGUGCUGAGGCAGAACAGGAUUUUCUACCCCUUGUGAAAACUCCCACUGAUGUAGUUGGCUUAAAGGCAGCUUCUCUACCAGCACCAUCGACUUCUAUCGCUCUUCAGAACAUCUCUCUCAAGCAUCCUUGGAUUGAAAUACAAAACACCGUGCAUAACCUAUGUGGCAGCCAUCAGAACCGAAGAGAUGGUAGUGGUAACUUUGGGGGAACUCAGGAUAAUCUUGAAAAUAUUGCUGAUGAAGAGCACAUAGGAGGAGAAACUGAGGAUACAGUCAUGGCAGAGAUGCAGAAGGACACAAAAAUGAGGCUAAAGCCACCAACACUCCGAAAAUUAAAAAAAGCAAAUAGCAGUUUCCGUUAUUUUGUUGAAGGAGCAGAACAGGAGAAAAUAGCUUCUCUUCAGCACCAAGUUUUGAUCCUUACAGAGGAAGUAAAAUCUCAGAAGGAACUGGUUAAACUUCUCCACAAAGCUCUGGAGGCAGCCCAGCAAGAGAAACGAGAGUCCUGCAAGUAUCUGGUCACAGCAAUGGAAGAAGAUAGGCUGGAAUUGCUGCGGCACAAAGUGAGGCAGAUUGCCGAGCUGAAAAAACAGCUUCAAGUGCUGGAGAUGGAAAAGAAAGAACUGGAGCGGGAGGUUGCUCUGAAGGAGGAGCACAUCAAGGAGCUGAGAGAACAUGUGCAGCUCUUGAUGGACAAAAACCAAGCCAAGCAACAAGUCAUCCUCAAGCUGACAGAGCAGCUCACUAGAGAGAUGCAUGACUCUGUUACUGACUCAGACAGCAUCAGGACCGAGACCUUGUGCAAGCAGCAGGAAGAGAUUGAACAUCUAAAGGAUGAUCUUGAGGCAUACAAGACUCAGAACCAAUUUUUGAACUCUGAAGUCCACCAGGUUACCAAAAUAUGGAGCGCAGUGGCAAAGAGAGAAAAAACCCUUCUGAAGAAGUGUGCCCAUCUGCAAGCCUACAACUGCCAGAUUGAAAGCAAGUACCUGAUGUUCCUGCGGACAUUGCAAGGCAUGCCGGAUUUGGCUAAAGAGCACGUGGCACUGGUGAAGGGACUCAUCGAAGAGGCGCUGCAGUGGGAUAUGAAGGAAGAAACCCUGAUUCCUAUUCAGCUAAGCCCAGUCAGUCAAUAUGAUGACUAUGGGUUUAUGACAGUUCCUGAAUAUGAAGCUGCAGACUGGAAGCUCUUGGCCAAAAUCCAGGCCCUGGAGAUCAAAUGCAGUAAUCUGAACAAGACGACCACAGAGAAACCUCUCUCUGAGCGAUGGAAUAACCUUGGAGAACUGACUUCCUCCUCAGAGCUGAAAAGCUUAUUGCGCUGUGGUGUCCCAGUGGUGCAUCGCCAGAGGGUAUGGAGAUGGAUUAUCAGUCAUCGGGUAAAGCAAAUACGCUCGGCUGGCCAUUAUCACAGCUUGCUCAAGAAGUGUGAAAUUGCUGAGCAUCCGGCUUCCCAGCAAAUUGAACUGGACCUGCAUCGCACACUGCCCAACAAUAGACAUUUUAUGUCACCAACUUCCCAGUUUAUUCCCAAACUCCGAAGAGUUUUACUUGCAUUCUCCUGGCAAAAUCCAACCAUUGGCUAUUGCCAAGGAUUGAACAGACUAGCUGCCAUUGCCUUGUUGGUCCUAGAAGAGGAAGAAGAAGCUUUCUGGUGCCUAGUUCAUAUCACCAAGAAUUUAAUGCCUCAAGAUUACUACAGCAAUACGUUAAUAGGCUCGCAAGUAGAUCAAAGGGUCUUCAAAGACAUCUUGUCAGAGAAGCUUCCCAGGCUGACAGCUCACUUGGAGCAGCUUCAAAUUGACCUGUCCUUAGUGACCUUCAACUGGUUCCUGGUUGUUUUUGUUGAUAGUCUUGUCAGUGACCUUCUCUUCAGAGUUUGGGAUGCUUUCCUCUACGAAGGGGCAAAGGUAAUAUUCCGUUAUGCUCUUGCAAUUUUUAAAUAUAAUGAAGAAGCAAUAUUGAAGAUUCAUGACAAUCUGGAAUUUUAUCAGUAUCUUCGCUUUUUCACCAAAACGAUCUGUGAUGGCAGGAAGCUGAUGAGCAUCGCCUUCAGUGACAUGAAUCCGUUUCCUAUGAAGCUGCUUCAGAAUCGACGUGGAGUGCACAGAUUAAAAGUGGAGGCUGAGCUGAGAGAACUGGAGCAGCUAAAAGCCCAGUAUGUGAGAGAACAGGCUGAGCAUGCAGCCAGUCAGCUAGAUGGAGCGGCGAGUGAGGAUGAAGAAGAGAUGUAACUCUCAUUUCCUCUUUGGUCUUCUCUAAAAUUUGCCUUUGUUUGAAACACAAAAGCAACAGUUGCUUAUGAGCAUAAUGCUUGGCAUCUGAGUGCAAUGAAUGCAGAUGCCCUGGAUGGUUUACAGGUCAACUGCAAAUGAGGAUAUACCAUGCCUUAUUUUCAUUAUGUCUUUUCUGGAUUUUUUGUGGUGCAAUAUUGCCUGGAUUGCAUUCCACUAGAGAUUCUCUGCUACUCUCUCCUUUCUUCUCUAGGUAUCGGAGUUGUCAGCUGAGAGAUCCAUCCCUUUGAUUCGUAUCCAUCAUGCUCAUUUUAUUGUGUUUUUUUUUAAUUAAAGAGAUAUUUGCUGAAUGCAUACAGAUCUCUGUCUGAAAUCUAGUGGAGCACCAGUGCAAAACAGUGCCUUCCUAAAUUAUUUCUCUUGUCUUAUAAUGAGGAUCAAUGGUACCUUUUUGCUUCCAUGCACACCCACAACUGAACUUGCUGAGCUAAUCAACUGGUGUUGUGAUUUGCUCAUUCAUUGGAAACAUAUAAGGCAUUACGCUGAAACCGUACAAAUCACAUUAGAACUUAGUAUGAUGUGUGAAUACAGCCAUUAUGGUUUGUGAACCCUAGUUUAUGGCAAGCCUGCACAACUUGUAGAGAAGAAAGGACCUCAUUGAUAACAUAAAAAUAAUAGUAGGCGCAGAGGAAUACCUGGCGCAUUGAUCAGCUAGCAGAGUGGCAACAGUGCUACAGCUGGCGGCAUCAGUGAAGCCUGGAGACAUUGGAGGCACUUGGCAGUGUGUCUUUUGGGGCAGCGGCAGCAGAUCCUUCCUGGCAGCGGUGAUGUUUGGCAGCAGUUAAUUUACUGACCUUUUUAAAAAUGCUAGUGGGCCUACAAGGCUGCUUGGCAGGCCACUUACGGCCCAUGGGUUAUGUGUUGUGCAGGGCUGCUUUAUGGUUUACUAUUACCCGUGGUCCAUUCCAAUAUGGCUUGUUCAGCCAACCAUGGGUAAAGCAAAAUGUGGAUUAACACAAUGUAUGUGUCAAGCCAAUAUUAUACAUAUACUAAAUUUUCCCUUUUUGCUUCCUAAUCAAUUGGCUUUCCUGCAGAGGGUUGGACUAGGUCAGUGUUUUUCAACCUCAGCAACUCUAAGAUAUGUGGACUUCAACUCCCAGAAUUCUCCAGAAACACUGGACUAAAUGUUUCUUGUAGUCCCUUCCAAGCCUGCAGUUCUAUGAUUCUAUGAAUCAAUAGUUUGUGCAUUUGAGAAUGGAGAGGGAGAAAAGUAUCUGCUCAGUGGGGUUCCUUCUUGAUUGGUUUUGAGGUGAUAUUUUUUCAGCACUUUAUCCAUGAAUUUUCAUGCCUGGUGGCAUCUUCUUUUCCCUCCUUCCAUUAUUAAUAGAUGUUGUAUCAUCUGGCAUGCAGGUCCUCACCCAAAGAGAUCAUUUAUAGUAAAUCUAUAGAUAAGAGUCAAGGAUUGGAUUUCUUGGGUUAAAAGCAAGAGUGCAAAAGGCAUGGUAUGCAGCGAUGCCCGGGUUAAGGCCAUCUCCCCCACCUUCACCCACUAUUGCAUUUGCCACUACCACCCUCUUCCUACAACAGCCUCUGUGGUGUUUCCUCCUGCUUCUCCCACCCCUGCACUUCUCCCUACUCUUUCUAACCAUUCUGUGCCCCCUCCCCCAAAUCUUUUCCAAUCUUUUCCAACCCACUCAGUCACUAAGACUGAAGGGUUUUUUUUGUAAGCAGAAGGGACCAGUAAGCCAGGUGUCUUGUUCCCCAAAAAGCUUUUUUUCCCCUUUAAUAGAGGGGCCAUGACACAGUAGAAGGUCUCAUUUUAUUUUGAAAGCAAUGGAAAAAACAGGCAGCUGCUUCUGUCUUUUCCAAAGAAAAAAAGCAUUAAAACUUGCAGAAUGUGCAUUGUUAAGCUUACUCUUCAGUGUCAUUCCUUCCCCUACUGAUAGGUUACAGAGCUGCAAAAAACCCCACAACUAAAUAAAAAAAUAAAAUGCCCCCACUCACUCUGAUCCCAACCUUGUCCAUUUUUGGAGUGUUGCUCUUAGCAUGCUGUGCAAAGCCUACCUCCGUGGUCAAACAACAGUGGAGCAUAGGAAGACCAUUUCUUCAUAAGCUGCUCUAUGGUGGAUCCCUCUUAAGGUUUUAUUUAAGGCCUCAAGAAUUACUCUUGUUAGCUCAAGAUCCUAACUCUCUGGGUAUAUGAAUGAGGGAGUUUACUAAGUGGUGUAAAUCUCAUUCAUUUCCUUCACCUCAAUUUUGUAAACACGUGCCAAGCACUCCAAUCUGGAAUCUCUCAUUCUAAGAUUGGGACCUCACUUAAUGACCCAAAUGCAAUUGUCUGUGCUCAGGUCAGCCUCCUGUCUGAGAAUAAAAAAGACUAUACUUACGGCCUGACCCAGAAGCCUCUGAGGUGUCAAGGCCUUGUGCAAAUCCUAGAGAAUUGAUUAGCAGUGCUGCACACAUUUCAAAAAAAUUGGGGGAAACUUAGCUCGGUCUGCUGCAAGAACAAUCUUUCCUUACUUUUCCUUAAAACGUAAAGCUUUUAUCCAGGUGGGAAAAAGUGUUACUACUUUAAUGACUCAACUCUAAUGUGACUCUUAAAGCAGCAGCAUCUAUUCAGUUUUAUGCAGCAGCUUUAAAGAAAAAAAAAGGGCUGCUUUAACAAAGAGCAGAGAGAUGCUGAAGCACUUCUUCCAAAUUAUUUUUUAAGUGUGCCCAGCCCAAUUGAUCUGUUGACUGAGCAAAAACUUCUGAUUGCCCUAGUGUAAGCCCUAGCAAAUUAUCUUAAAAACCCUGGUGCAGAUGUGGAUUUAUGACAGACACUUGUUGCUGGCUUAAACCAGACGCAGAAGAGAGAUGGAGCCUGGUGGGAUGAACUGAUCUUCUUAAGGUACCCUGUCUGGCCAAUCCGUUUUCUUACCUGGAGUAGUAGGCAAAUAGUAUUUUGAUGAUGGCAACUGCCAGAGGAACACUGAACCCAAAGGGUGGCUGCACAGCAGAAUUACUGAAAGCCUCAAUUGCAGGCUCAGUGUAAUAAAAGAGCUAUCUGGAAACAGCAGAGGAGCAGAAAUUAGCUGAUGCUCCCCGAAACCAGGGUUGUGUGCUUCCCUUGAGACCAGCCACACAUGAUUCCUUCUGCUAUUUUGUAGUCUCCUCUAAGGCCAUCUGACUGCUGCUGAGCAACCAGAGCAAAGCCUUCUGGGGAUGUGCCUUCUUUCCAGAACUCUAAAUGUUAAGUGCCUCAAGCCCUGUGCCUCCCAACAGCUGCUCCAGGGCUCUGCUUUGUUUUUUUUUUCCCUGAUGCAGAGGAUGGAUUCUUAAGAGAGAGGCCCCAUGAAGCUUGUGGCCCAGUGAGCUUUCACUUUGGAGCUGUGAGAGGGGGAGAAGGCUCCUACCACCUUCUUGAUGUGAUGUUGCUCUUCUUCUCUGUUUGUGCUAAGAUCCACAGUUGCAUAUCUUUGUGGCUAAAAAGUUUUUUUUUAAAGAAGCUUUAAAUAAACAAAUCAUGGUUCAUGUCUGCCUUGCUGGCCUGAAUGAAUUUUGGCCUGCUUCUGUCAGUCUGCAAGUUCCUUAGAGUAACAUGUACCAGUGUUGCACUGCUGUCUUCUAAUUCAUAAACUGAGUUGCCUUCUUUUCUUAUUCCAUCAGAACAAAGCUAAAUUUGUUGUUGAUUAAUCUGUCAUGACUUCCACUUGAGAGGAAAAGUGGAAUGUAAAUGUAAUAAUAAUAAAUAUAUUGUCAUUUAAAUG